AUCAACCCGAAAAAUUAGAAAGGGACAUAACUCUUCACUCUUGAAUCUGAGGCGGGAAUGAAUAUAAUCGUCGUUUGAAAUGACAUUGUUUCCCCUUACAUCUUCAGAAAAAUAGUUUUUGAAGAUGCCUUCAAAGUUUCAGCUUGAUAAAGCAGCUUGGCAAUGGGCAGAAACAACUGAUCCUGAUAAUGUCACUUUUGACCAUGUUCGGACAGCAUACAGAUUGAACUUAAAACCAUGUCCGUUAGGAUCUUGUAAACGGAACUGCAAAGGAAAUCCCCUUUGUCUCAAUGCAAUAGGAGAAAGAGUGUGGUUUGGGAAAAUUGAUGAUGAUGAUUGGCACCAAAUUGAAGAUCCAAAUUAUGAAAGGCGGGAUGAUGAUAUGUUUGUUGGACUCAAAAAUCUUGGCGCCACCUGUUAUGUAAACACAUUUCUUCAGUUGUGGUUUCAUAAUCCUGUUAUCCGAAAUGCACUUUACAAAUUCAGGGAACCAGAUGAACAUGUGACCAGAGAUGUAACUACAGAAUGGUCACCUUCUUCCAUUGGUGGUCAUCUUCAAGCAUUAUUUGCAUUACUUUCAUUAUCCGAGAGAAGAUAUUUAGAUCCUAAAGAUUUCAUAACACAUUUAGGUUUAGAUGCUGGACAGCAGCAAGACGCUCAGGAAUUUUCGAAUCUAUUUUUAACAUUAUUAGAAGAUGCCUUAUCUAGACAAAAGGAUGCAUGUGUGCGAAAUGUUAUUCAAAGUCAGUUUAGGGGAGAAUAUGCAUAUGUAACUACUUGUAAUAGAUGUGGAACAAAAUCUGAAAGACCAUCAACAUUCUAUGAACUAGAUUUAAGUAUAAAAGGUCAUAAAACUUUAGAUGAAUCUUUAAAAGAUUUUUUACAAGAAGAGAAAUUAGAAGGAGAUAACCAGUACAUGUGCUCUUCGUGCAAUAGUAAACAAAAUGCUUCACGGAAAAUUCAUUUGAAAUACCUUCCGCCUGUCCUCAAUUUACAACUUUUACGAUUUGUUUUUGACAAGAAAACUGGAAUGAAAAAGAAACUGAACAGCUUUAUUCAGUUUCCCGAACAAAUUGAUAUGACAAAAUAUUUGACUGUGAACAAUUGUGCCGGAGAUUCAGCCACAGCUGAAGGUGUUGAUGGGAAUUCUGUUACAUACAACCUUACAGCUGUAUUGAUACAUCGUGGUCCCACUGCUUAUAGUGGACAUUAUAUUGCACAUAUCAGAGAUAUCAACAGUAAAAACUGGUAUAAAUUUAAUGAUGAAGAGAUCGAGAAAAUGAAAGGAAGUAAGCUUCAGUUGGGUACCGAGGAUGACCCAGAAGAGACAGGCGCUAAACAAAAAGGCAGAUGUCCUAAAGGAUAUCAUUCAUCACGUAAUGCAUACAUGUUGGUAUAUACACUAAAUGAAGAAAAUCCCUGUAGUACUGAUAGUAAGGCAGACUCUCAACAGCUUCUACCAGCUCAUGUGUUAGAUUAUGUCAUUAAAGACAAUGAAACAUUUGAAAAUUGGGUGUCUGAAUUAAUGUUAAUUAGAGAUCAGAAUAUAGAAAGUGGUAAGGAAAAACAAGAAGAAAUUAAAGAAACAUAUCAGAAACUAGCCUUUGAUAAACUGGAGGUCAAUGAAGGAGAAUGGAUUAGCCUAAAAUGGCUGAAUUCAUGGUUAACUGACCCAGCUAAAGCAGAACCAAUAGACAAUAAAACUUCAUUAUGCAAACAUGACAAAUUGUCUCCCGCAGCAGCUAUGAAACUGAAAUUUGUCAACUUAAACGGAAGUGAAAGUUUGUGUAAUAGAUAUGAAGGAGGACAGAGACUUAUCGGGGGAGAUAGCUUAUGUAUGCUUUGUGUCCAGCAACAGUGCCAUGUCAUUAGGACAAAAAUAAGAAUGAUGGAAGAUGAUAAAGUCUUCGGCAGCAUGACCAAACCAAAUGUCAUUUCUGGUCCUAGUUACUGGGUGGGUAAAGCUUCGUUUAGAUCAUGGAAGAAGAUGGUUUUAGAACAGCUUGGAGAAAAUGAUGACGAUAAGAGAGAUUCAACUGAUGUUGAACCUUCCGUAGAAAAUGGUUUGAAAGAAAAAGAAAGUGCAAGUGCCAAAGAAGAAGGGCAAAAAGAGAAAGAAAAUUCGAUAACAACAGCAGAAGCUCUGUCUAAAGAAGAAGAAAGCUUUAAAUUUAAUGAAGACAUUCUCUGUGAGGCUCAUGAAAGACUUGACCCAGAUAUGACAUGUAGAAAGUUAGUCCCAGUAGAAGUCUGGCGUAGGCUCAAGGAAUAUUUUGCCAAUUGUCCAGAGUUUUCUAAAGAUGAUCCUGUGUGUGGACAAUGCAAUGACGCAAUGCAAAAUGAACAGCAAACAAAAGAAUAUUUGAGAAAAUUGGCUCAAGAACAAAAAACAGCUCUAAAUGACCUUCUUAAUGAUAGAAAAAGACCAAUAACCCUGAAAAAACCAAUAGAAGUAUUUAUCUUGAAUAAAGCCUUUUUAGAAGAAUUGAGAAGAUUUAUUAAGGAACCACUUAAAUACAAACCAAUUCAGAACAUAGGAAAUGCCAUACUGAUAUGUGAACAUGGGGGUUACCUUUAUCCUCAAUCUCAAGGACAGUUAGAGUUAUAUGUAAAUGAUAACUUUGUUUACACAUGGAGUUCAGAGUGGGACAAGGUCAGUCAAAUGUUCAAUGUAGAUUAUGAAAUUAGUAUUAUCAGUUAUGAAGACGAUGACAAAAAUUUAGGAAUUGUAACACUUCCACAAGUCUGUGAUGAAUGUGUUGUUAGUCGUCUAAAUCAAGAAGAGAAUGCAAGGUUUGAUUAUGAUGAAGCAGUUAUAUUUGUUCGCAAAAUACCCAAGCAAUUGCAAAAAGCAGCAGGAUCCAGUUCUCUCAAUCCUAACGAUGAGAAUUCUAAGGAUUAUGACCCAGACUUCAAUCAGCAUGGUUCAAAGAAAAGAGGCAGCACAAGUGAUCCUUUAGAGGAACCUCCGGAAAAAAUAUCCAAAAAUGAAAACGGAACAAGGAAAAGUCAGCGUCAUAGAAAAGUGAGAGGUGAAAAAGAAGUGAAAGUAAAAUCUACACAAACUUUGAAAGAUUUUAAGUUACAGUUAAUGAAAUUGUUUUCUGUGCCGCCUUUUGAUCAAACUUUAUUGUUGAAUGGCCACAGUUUGUGUGAUGACACUGCCACGUUAGGUGGCCUACGUAUUGCACCAGGAUCCAUAAUCAUGUUACAAGCAGACGAACCUGCUGAAGACCUUUUAGUGUUACAAGAUAUGAUUCAAGUCUCUUCUGGGCCUGAAUCAGGCUUCAAAGGAACUGGACUAUUAGGAAAUUCAGAAAGAAUAUCAUAAUUAGGGUUUUACACUGUUUCUUAAAUUUUUAAAUUUAUGCAUCCAUGUUUGUGAAAUAUUUCAUGUUAUCUGUUAAAAAAAUUGCAACAACCAUGAUGUCUUGAACAUUUGCAAUACUUUGUUAUAAUUUAAGUUUUGAUAUCAUAAUUAAGAAUAUAAUAACAAAUGUAAUUUAAAUCAUAAAUGCAAGAUUUUUCUGUCAUAGUUGAAGGAUAUUUAAUAGUGAUGUAUUUUUACCAACCAAUGGCAUGCAUGAAAAUCGAAUGUGUCAGUCAGUUGUUAUUCUUUUUUUUAUUUUUAUCAGAUUGGAAAAAUCUAAACAGCUUUUUUGAACUCAAUUUUUCAAAAUCUUCAUUUGAAUUUUGUUGAUAUUGAAAUUGUGAAACAUUCAUGACAUUUAUAAUAGUUAACAUGAUUAAACGAGUUUUGAAUACAAACCAAUAUCUUUUUAAAGAGAAAUGUUUUUCUAUAAUCCAAGUUUUCAAGACUAAGAUUUACAUUCAAACAACAUUUUUUUAUAUGUUUGUGGUAUGUUUCUUACAAAAUACUUUGUAUUGUAUCUCAUCUGGUCUACUACAUGUACUUUUGAAAGCAACUUUGUGUAUGACUUGACCAAUAUCCUUCAAAUGUUGCAAGUGCAUGUGUUACUACAUAUUGUAGUUUAAACACUUGUUUGAUUCAUGUCUUCUUUUAUUCAUUGUUUUUUUCUUCUAAAAUUGCCUUCACUGCCAUGAAGGCCAAAAAGUCAAAUGUAGGCACUCACACUUUAACUUACAGUUUACUGAUUAUGUCUUUUUCUGAAUUAAUUAGAUACAUUUGUAUUUUAAUUCAUCAAAUUGUGUACUGAAUAAAUUUUUAUUUUAUACUCUUUACUGAAAUAUAUUUUUUUAUCAGAUUAGCUUGAGAAACCCCCAAGUUUGACACACGUUGAUAGUUUCUCAUUAUACAAUUAUGGUCAGUACAAGGUCAGAUUUUUUGUGAAGUGGCAUAGUUAUCUUAGCAGCUUAAUUAUUCAAAUAUUCUUAUUGGAUCAAUUUACACAUCCGAGUGUUUAUAUACAUGUACAGAAGUAUGUUACAUGUAUUAAGAUCUUUACAAUCAGUACUAUUUAUUUGUUUCAUAGGAAUCUGCAUAUUUUACCAGUAGUUUCAAGGUCAUUAUAAGAUUCUUAUCCUGGUAAUGUUUUAAUGAUUUUGAAAUUCUUAUUUGUUUUAAUAUUAUAAAAUCUUUUUGGCUAGAAAAGCAUGAACAGCUCAACGAUUUGUUUUUGAUUAUGUAACAUUAAAAAUUAAGUUCCUUCACAAUUUCUGUGGAUAGUCAUCAUGAGCAUGAUAAGUGAUAUUUGGUACAGUUUUCCAUUAGAAGAUAUUUGUUGCAAGCAAAUGUUACAGUUUUAAGCUUAAAAGGGAUAUACAAUCCCUCAUUUAUCGACAGCAUAGGUUUUCGUUUCACAAAAAGUGAAUUUGACUUUUGAAAUUUUAUUUUGAUAAGAGUUACUCCCCUUUCAAAUGACUAGUUUGAUUUUUCUUCAAAUAAAUCCUACUAUCAUCUCUUGUUUACUCCAGCACUUUACAGAUAGAUAAUGUUUGUUAGAUAAAAAUCAUGAGUCAUAUUGACUAUUAAAACUAGUACAUGUACUUGGCUUUUUCAUUUAUUUGCAAUUUUUAAUUGAUUCAGCACUGAGGUUACAUUUUGUACAAUCUAUAUGAGUAUUACAUGUACUAGAAACAGCUAUUCCUGCAGCAUAUUAGUGCUUUAUUUUAUUGUUCAUGUACAUGUUGUUAAUUUAUGUGUUUGAAUUGUAUAAUAAUGAUUGUUAAUUGUAUAAUUUGUUGUAGUAAAAUGUUUAUUGUAAAGAUAAAUUCUUUAACUUUUUAUACGACCACAAAAUUUGAAAAAAAUUUCGUCGUAUAUUGCUAUCACGCUGGCGUCGUCGUUGUUGUCCGAAUACUUUCGCACUCUAACUUUAGUAAAAAUUAAUAGAAAUCUAUGAAAUUUUACCACAAGGUUUAUGACCACAAAAGGAAAGUUGGGAUUGAUUUUGGGAGUUUUGGUCUCAACAUUUUAGGAAUUAGGGGUCAAAAAGGGCCCAAUUAAGCAUUUUCUUGGUUUUCGCACUAUAACUUUAGUUUAAGUUAAUAGAAAUCUAUGAAAUUUUUGACAUAUGGUUUAUGAGCACAAAAGAAAGGUUGGGAUUGAUUUUGGGAGUUUUGGUUCCAACAGUUUAGGAACUAGGGGCCAAAAAAGGGCCCAAAUAAGCAUUAUUCUUGGUUUUCGCACCAUAACUUUAGUUUAAGUAAAUAGAAAUCAAUGAAAUUUAAAGACAAGGUUUAUGACCACAAAAGGAAGGUUGGUAUUGAUUUUAGGAGUUAUGGUCCCAACAGUUUAGGAAUUAGGGGCCAAAAAGGGACCCAAAUAAGCAUUUUUCUUGGUUUUCGCACCAUAACUUUAGUAUAAGUAAAUAGAAAUCUAUGAAAUUUAAAGACAAGGUUUAUGACCAUAAAAGGAAGGUUGGUAUUGAUUUUGGGAGUUUUGGUCCCAACAGUUUAGGAAUAAGGGGCUCAAAGGGUCCAAAAUUAAACUUUGUUUGAUUUCAUCAAAAAUUGAAUAAUUAGGGUUCUUUGAUAUGCGGAAUUUAACUGUGUAUAUAGAUUCUUAAUUUUUGGUCCCGUUUUCAAAUUGGUCUACAUUAAGGUCCAAAGGGUCCAAAAUUAAACUUAGUUUGAUUUUGACAAAAAUUGAAUUCUUGGGGUUCUUUGAUAUGCUGAAUCUAAAAAUGUAUUUAGAUUUUUGAUUAUUGGCCCAGUUUUCAAGUUGGUCCAAAUCAGGAUCUAAAAUGAUUAUAUUAAGUAUUGUGCAAUUGCAAGAAAUUUUCAAUUGCACAGUACUCAGCAAUAACAAGAAAUCUUCAAUUGCGCACUAUUGUGCAAUAGCAAGAAAUUUUCAAUUGCACAGUAUUGCGCAAUAGCAAGAAAUCUUCAAUUGCACAGUAUUGUGCAAUAGCAAGUAUUUUAAAUUGCACAGUAUUGUGCAAUAGCAAGAAAUAUCUAAUUGCACAAUAUUGUGCAAUAGCAAGAAAUUUCAAUUGGAGUUAUCUUUCUUUGUCCAGAAUAGUAGUUGAAUCAACUUAAAUCAAUGUUUUAUACAAUAUACAAUGUAUAUUCACUUUUACUACCAACUGAUAAAUUAAAACAAUCUUUAACAUUCAGUGAUAACAAGCACUUUUUUUACAUUUUGAUAUUUUAUGAUGUAUUUAAAUGAGUGAUUAUUGUUGCAAACUGCAUUAGAAAUUUGAAUUGAGAUCGUUUUUGGAAUAAAGGAUAGGGGGAUGUGAAAAAAAAUUGGGGAGGGGGAGGGGGGGGGGGUUCAAUUUUUCUCAUUUGAAAUUUCAUAAAUAUAAAGAAAAUUUUUCAAACAUUUUUUUGAGAGGAUUAACAGCAUAGUGAAUUGCUCAAAGGCAAAACAAAAAUUUUAAGUUCAUCAGACCACAUUCAUUCUGUGUCAGAAACCUAUGCUGUGUCAACUAUUUAAUCACAAUCCAAAUUUAGAGCUGAAUCCAGCUUGAAUGUUGUGUCCAUACUUGCCCCAACCGUUCAGGGUUCAACCUCUGCUGUCGUAUAAAGCUGUGCCCUGCGGAGCAUUUGGUUUUCGACUGGUGUAUAUGUAUUUCCUUUUCUGUUUCAUUUGUCUAUCCAAGUCUUUAACUAUUGAUUGGUGUUGAUAGGAGGAUUUUUUUUUUAAUGUGAAAUCUCUGAUAACUGAAAAAACAAAGCAUUCUUUCUCAGACCCAUAGAAAAUUGAUAAUUAAUUCCCUAUUAAUAUACCUUUUUUGUCACAUUUCUUAGCAUCUGUAUCAAGGAAUUAUAAAUUACUUAAUCUGGAACUUUAUUAUGGUGUGUAGUACCAGUUUUGAAAGCAAUUAAAAGUUUGAUCAUAUUACUCCCUGUUUCAAAAUUCUUUUAUUUUUAUACCAUGGAAGUUAUAUUUAAAAUUCCUUUCAAUAUUACUUCCAUGUUUAUACCUACUCACUGAUCAUGAAAUUUUAAGUUACUGGGUUUAUAUUUUUCACUUUUUAGCAUUGCAUGUAGUUCCUUGUUCAAUUUUUAUGCAAUACCAUCGUUAUACAACCUCUAAAACAAAUAUUACUGUAAAACACAGUAAUGGUAAAUCAGUGCUACAACUUGGUACGUCUUCAUAUAUCAGAACCAUAGCACACGGUGCCACAUGAAAUAAACAUACUAUGCAGUGUUUUGUGAAAUGCAAUACAAUGUAUUAUAUAGUGAAUGUGACUUGUCAUAUAAUAAAAAUUUUAAUUUACAUUCACCAUUUGUGCUGAGUUCACAUGUAAUUCGAAUUUGAUUCGCAUUAACUAAUUUGAAUUAGUUUAAUUCGAAUUCCAAACAUUUAAUGUCCCAAAUUACAAUACGUGUCAAUAACUGUCCAAAUGAUGUUAACUUUUAAAUUUUAUUAACUAAAGCGUAUUUCUAAUCAGAAUUGGAUAAUUCAAAUCAAAAAAGAAGAGUGUGUGAACGAGAUAAGCAAAUUCAGUUAACAUUCGAUUUGAAUUCAAUUAGAAUUAAACGUACAUGUGAACAAGGCAUGAGUAAGAGUAAAUUAAGUUGGAUUCAGCAGUAAAUGGGUUUCAUAUUUUUUAAUACUUUUCAAUAUUAUUGUUUAAGAACAUAUUGUAUAAUUUUUUGAAAAGGUGUUUAAUUUUAUAUGCUAAAUAUAAACUGGUACAUAAAUAAAUUAAUAUUAGAUAUUUUAAACUUGGUAAACAUUUCUUUAAUCCACAUUUCACUGUAAAUACCAGAUACAUUAUGUUUGUAAUUCAUUUUAAUGUUGUGUUUAAUACCAUUACAUACCAUUCAUUAAUGACCAUGAUCAGAUUAUUUAUUAUCAAAACCAUUUAUGGUUUAUAUGGGAUGUUCAACUUAUCAUUCAUAAAAUCAUUAUCAGAAUAUAUUUAGUAAUUAAAAUGAAUAACUGUAAAAAUAGAAUAUUUUAAAGGCAAAUAAGUAUUACUAGUUUUUGUAAUCAGAAAAAAUAACCACAAGUUAUCGCUGCUAGCCUACCCAUGAAUUUUUAUUUAUAGUCUACAAACCAAUUAAAUCAUUUAUAUUCAUCAAUUAUAAUCCAAAUAAUUUUAUUCAGUCCCAGGGGAUGUUUCGUUGAACCAUCAUUAAUUAUUUUGAAAUUAGAAGUAUUGGAAUUGCACUUAUUUGCUCACAGAGUCCAUGCUUUUUCGUUUAUUUUUCAAGAUAAAAAACAUCGAUUUUUUAGUACAAAUUCAUUUGUUUAUGAAGACUUGCUAUACAGCUAUGUGUUAUUUUUGUAAAUAUAUUCAUUUGUCUAUUUCAAAUUUAAAUUAUUAAGGCUAUUAAAGAGCAAACUACUGGAACAGAUCAUAUUGUUUUUUUUGUAGUUAUUUUUUAUGUCACUGUAACCAUUAUCCUUAUCCCCUGUAAGUUUUGAAAUACCAGUUUAUUUUUUGUAAUAUAGAAAUUAAAUCUAUCAAAUAUGUAGGCUUUCAUACCAUGAUUAAAUAUUAUUGUCGAGUCACAUAGGAACUAUAUAUUUAUUGGCAUCUUAGAGCCUAAUUCAUUGGUUAGAAAUCAUUUUCCUUUCAUAUUUCAUGAAGACAUCUGUAGAUUGUAUUUAACUGUAUGUUUGUAACUUGGAUGCAAAGGAUGCAUUAUGUGGUUGUGAAAUAGAUGGAAUACAUUUACACAUCUUAAUAUGUAACAUCAGGCCUUCAUUAAAUGUUGUCAAGUA